AACAUGUGACUGGAAACCAGGAGACUGCAGGAUUAAGAAUCGGGUAUUUAAAUGAAGGCCGGUUCCUUGUAUUCAUUUUGCUCUUGGACUGACAUGCAGCAGUAGCUCUCAUUUCGAGACAGAAGCUUCUUGGAACAUUUGUGAAAUUAGACCUCAGCAGAAAUGAACACAGCUCCCCCUGCAGGAAGUGCCCUGGCAACGCCCGCUGGAACAGCUGGCCCCACCACCCCCAAGAAGGGACCCCCCAAGUUCAAGCAGAGGCAAACCCGUACAUUCAAGAGCAAGGCCCCCAAGCCUGGCCAGAAAGGAUUUGGUGAUGACAUCCCUGGCAUGGAGGGUCUUGGCACAGACAUAGCAGUGGUCUGCCCAUGGGAGGCCUACGGCGACAUGGAGCUCAGUGAUCUGGCCAAAUAUGGAAUCAUCUAAGACUACUGCCUCCUGCCUUCCCUUAACCUCUCCACUCUUGACACUUCCCUCUGUCUUAGUCUGGCGCGCCACCAUAAGGCGACUGGCCAUCCCCCUAAAGUCGUCUCGUCACUCCACACUGUUCUUAAGUCUGUUGUGGUCAGGCACUGCAGCCUGAAAGACCACAUAUGGUGGGCAGACGGAACAAUGAACUGUUAAUUUUUAUUAUUAUCAUAUAAUAGUAUUAUACUGUAUUUUAUACAGGACAUAAGAGAUACUUGAUGUGACACAACAAGACCACCCCCACCCCUCCUCUCUACAAUAGCCUACCUCGGCUCCCCCUUCCCUCUGUCCUUUUAUAAUCACUCAGAUCCCUUUAGUCCCCCAAUUCCUCUGUGAACCAUCAACCACAUCAAUGGACGCAAGCAAAAGACUAGCUAUGACUAGCUUGUACUUGCUUAUAGUCUACUACAGAAAUGUAAAUAUGUCUCUGUUUCCAAUGCAACCUCCACCUUCGUUACCCUCCCUUUUUACCCCAAUCUCUUUUUUUUGCAUUGUGUUUUUUACUUGUUGUUGAUAAGGCGUGCUACUGUGAACACACAGGAAACGAAAGGGAUGAGACCAGGGAGGAGGGUGUGUGAUGCUUUGUCAUAGAUCAUUAUGGUGAAGACAUUCCCUGUUAUCCCUGUGGUGCUACCACACUGCCCCCUUCUUAGUGCACGCUAUGCCACCAAACAAAAUAUAAAUAUAUUGAUGUGUUACACACACAAACACAUUUAUAUGACGGAAUGUGUAUAUGUGAUUGUAUGUCCUGAUAGAUACAUUAAAGUUUUUAUUUUCAAUA